AUGGGCGAGACGCAUCGCUACAAGACCGAGGCCCUCAGCAACGUUGGCGAAUAUCUUCUGAAGCGGGCAGCGACCACUAGGUGCAAGGAUGAUGAACAAGAAGCAACACGCUUCUUCCAGAAAGCAAUCAUGAAGACUCAAUCAUCAGUCAAGAGUCGCAUGGAGGCUGCAUGCCGCGUUAUUUUCAUCUACACGUCUCGAUCAGAGUGGCAACUAGCUUAUCAGGCAGCGGUGCUGGCCAUUGACUUACUGCCCCAAUUGGCAAUACGCUCGCUAGGAAACACCGACAAGCAAGAGCUAUUGACUAUUGCGGCUGGCCUAUCUUCACACGCCGCUGGACUGGCGCUUCAACUUGGCAAAGUACCCAUGGUAGCUCUCAACAUGCUUGAGAGAGGUCGUGGAAUGAUUGCAUCGUCCCUGGAUGACUUACACAUGAACCUUGACAAUGUUAAAGCAAAACACCCUGAUCUGGCAACGAGAAUUGUUUCUCUGCGCAACCAAUUAGGACGAGACGAGAUUCCAAUGGAAUCAGAAUUCUGA